AUGGCUGAUCGUGCUGUUGGCCCGCCUCCGGGCUUCGACGAUGUGGGCUCGACCGAGCCACCUGUGGCGAUGCCGCCAACACCUGCUUUCGGGGGAACCGAGAAGCCGGAGUCCGACAAGGACCCCAAGUCCGGCGAGGGAAGCGGUGAUCCUGGCCGCAUGUCUUCUGACAAGGAUGUGAAGGGCGUCGAUGAUGGACGUCACGAGGAAGCGCCAGUCAGCGAGAGUGGCCCAGUGGGAAAGGCACUACCCCGUCGGGGAAUGACGGACCGGUGCCUCAACGUGAUCACGGUGCUACAGCUCAGAGAGCAAGCGGCAAUGACCCUUGGAAGUCUGGGUGGAGCGCCACGACGACGCCCACCACGAGUGACGACGGUUGGGGGAAAAGAUCCCAACGUGGCGGUCGCGACUGGGGCCGCGACGGCGGCGACUGGGGCGGCGGCCAUCGUGAUGACCAUCGAGGACACGACCAGGGAGGAUAUCACGACGCUCCCCGGGCAGAUGGUCGAGACCGCUGGCAACGAGGACCCGAUACCGGGGGACACCGUCACGGAACUCCCUGGGCAGAUGGACGAGACCACCACCAUCGCGGAUACGAUUUGGGAGUAUAUCAACCCGCGCAGUGGACAGACGGAUGGGACCCGAGCUCCCAGCUACGAGAAUAUGGAGACCUCACUCGAUGGAAUGAAAGCGGAGCUCUUCACCGUUGGAGCGACGGCCACCCGCCGGGAUCAGACCUUGGGUGGUCGGAUAGCCGAGCCUAUGAUGAUGGAUCACAGACCGGCUGGAGUGGCUGGCACGGCUACGGAGACCAAACUUCGAAGACGGAAGAAGGCGUCCGACAUGGGUGUGAAGGUGCCGGACAAAGUGACAAAAGUGAACUUGCUGCGCCUCGUGAGGUCCACGGUGAGUUCGACCGGGGACACCAUCAUGACCAUCGGCCGAUGGAAGGGAAGUCUGUUCCGGGACACCCCGGACUCCUACGGGAGCUGGGCAGUGGAGCAGCAGAACACCAAGUCGAGCAAGGCGAAGAUCUACGACGAGGACAGCGAGGAGGAGGGCUCCAAGGGAACCCAGCGAGCGGCGACCUCAUCGAGGGGAUCAUGGGACGAGGUGAGCCUCACCCCGACCAAGGGGUACACCGGAAAGGGCAACACGAAGGCCACCCCCAAGCGCCCCAGCAAGGACCUGAUCGGCAAGGACGAGAAGAUCAUGGACUCCCAGCCGGACCAGAACGUCCUCGAGGAAAUUCAGGCCCUCGAGACGAAGUUGGCGGUGCUAAAGGACAAGGCGCGAGAGAUCGGGAAGUUUGCUGUUGUGGCGCUGUACGUGAACAAGACUGCAUUGCAGAGAGCCUACGACAACAAGCACCACGAGCACUACGACUACGGCGCGCCCCGUGAUGGAGCACGCGGCCAACGACAGCUACGCUAUGGGGACCCAACUUUUGACUGGGCCGACACCUCCUAUGAGAACUGCCAGCGCCUCCUCGAGAGCACCUUGGUUGGCAAUGCGGUCAACCCCUUGCGGCCGAUACAGCACACAAGGGAAGGCAGCAGGGAGCAAGUCUACGAGACCACGAUCGCGGUUGUCCGCUUCCUCAACGAGUUUGGCAAGAAGCACUUCGGGGAGAAAGCCACGUGGACCUCGAUCUCGGAGCUCUCAACGUACCACACAGUGACGUUUGGGCAACGAGGCGGAGGAGACCUUUGGCUCGAGGAGGACAUCGACGAGGACACCGCCAACAAUAACGGCCUCGUGUGGCGCAAGGACCGGCCCGGGAAUUGGGUUCCCGGCAGAUACCACUCCACCAAGGAGAAACCGAUGUCCUUCGACCCCUUCCUGCGCCACUCUACCGGGGCUUGGGACGGAGAUCGUUGGUGCCUGACCUACCACACCGUCCGAGGCAUCAAAGAGGCUGGCGGGGAGAUCAAGAAGUUCCUCAGGGGUUGUGGUUUCCCAUUGCCGAAGGCCCCGCGAGAAUCCCGAGGGCCAAGACCAAAGCCUGCGAAGAGCGAGCGGAAGAACAUCAUGAAUGGGGCAGGAAAGUUGAGCGUGCUCAUGGCAACGUUCCUCGCCGCCGCCGGGACCUUCCUCAACGAGGUACAGGACCCCGUCCCCGAGUAUGACCCGAUCGUGAUGAUGGAGAUUGGCGGCUACGAGGGCACGAUCGAGGCGACCGAGCUGAACAAGGCGGUGAUUGAGCCCAUCCUCUGGCCGGACUAUGAGCAACCCGACGUGCAGGAGAACGCGUACCACUUCGUGAAAGGAGCUAGCCCGAAAGAGCUGCGAGUACAUCUAGAGCUGGUGCGAGACCAACUCAAUGAAGGAGGAGAUGUUGUACUACGUGGAGGUGACCUACAGACCUGGGCCAGCGAGCACGUCGAUUUUAUCAAGUAUAAGUCCGAUGGCGAUUCGGAUGGGUGGCUUGUGCUUGGCCGGCCUAAGAAGGACAGUGUGACUCUACAAGGGAGCAAGAGACCCUACGAUGUGUGUAUGGUGGGACCUGAGGAAGCCAAGCAGGAGGAGACCAAGUACGACGGAUCCGGCAUCACCUUCGAGAAGACUGUGCCCAACAUCGUCAGGUCAUCACUGCGACGCCUACACCAAAACCUCGGACACCCGAGGGCCGAGGACCUUUGCCGACACCUACGUUUGGCAGGAUGCGAGCCCAGCGUCAUCAAGGCCGUGAAAGGAAUGAAGCGCGAAACUUGCCAGGCUACCAAACACGCUCAGUUGGCGAGGCCUACUACGUUGCCCCGGCUGUUGGACUUCAACUCCUGCGUCGGCGUCGACCUCUUCUACGCCCACGACGCCCUGGAUAAGAGGCAUACUUUCCUCACGGUCGUCGCCUGGGCUACCACUUACCAAGUUGUCGUGCGACUUGAGUGUGAAGAUGGCCCCUCUGUUGAGAAGGCAUUCAACACAUGUUGGCUGACCCCGUUCGGACCACCGACCACCGUGUCCUUGGAUCUUGAUGGAAAAGUUCAAGCUGGACUCGGUCGACUAUGCGACUGGCACAACAUCCGGAUGAAAGACGUUGCGGCCCAAGCCAAGUGGCAAGGGGGCGUGACUGAACCCCAGAUUGGAUGGUUCAAGGGGAUAUGGGAGCGCGUCGUCCACGAGCUGAACGUCACCGAGGAAGAGGCCGAGAUCGAACUAUGUGACCCGGACGCAGGAGGAGUUGUGACCUGGGACUUGACCGAGGACUCGAAGUUCCAAAGGGAGAUGAACGACUACGUCGAGGACUGCUUCACCGGGCAAGAACAGCGAAGGCGGUCUACGAGAUCGGGGCUCACGGCCCCAGAGCACUUGAGGAGUUCAGGACCUGAAGAAGUCGGCGAGUUCCUCACCAUGAAGGGGGCCGAAGAGGAGGACGGCGGAGAACAGACCAUGGGCGACGACUACCGAGACGCCUUGAAGCGCAAGGACGACGGCCUCGACCACCUGUCCGACUACGGCUCCGAUAUGUCCGACGGGGGGGUAGUUCUUGAUGGAGAAGGCGACCAUGAGAUGGCCGAGCGCGGGGAAGACACUUUGGAACACGUUCUACCUCUACGACGCCUACGCAAGAAGACCCGAAAGGACCAAAUCGCCCGGGACCCCGACGAGGUGAUGCUUACCAACAAGGCCCUCACUCAGCGAGGACAUGCUAAGCGGCAAGAGAAAGAACUACGGUGGAACGAGAUCCCGGAGCACGCCAGGAAACUCUUCAAGGACGCCGAAAAGGUGCAGUGGGAUGAACACUUGUCCUACGACGCGCUGGAGCCACUGAGUCUCGAAGAGUCUAAACGCGUUCGAGAUUCUGUUCCCGCCUCUCGCACACUGCCGUGUCGAUGGGCAUAUCGCGACAAGAACUGGGCGGCUCGGCAAGCAAGUGGUGGCGAGCAAGAGCCCGCCUGGAGAUGCAAGAGCCGAUUGGUGAUCGGAGGACAUCGCGACCCCGAUCUUGGAGUCGAGGCCUUGGACACAGACGCCCCAACGUUGUCACGACCAGGUUUCGCCUGCCUCAUGCAGCUACUGGCGAACGGACUUGAAGCAGAAGACCCAUGGACGGCCGCAGCGGGCGACAUCCAGUGUGCCUUCCUCACUGGAGGCUACCUUACCAGAGGGGAGGACCUCUACCUCCACCAGCCGGCCACCGGCUUCCCUGGACUUCUUCCUGGUCAACUGGUGAGGAUCAAGAAGAAUAUCUUCGGCUUGGCUACGUCUCCCCACGAGUGGUGGAAGGACCUACAGCAAGGGAUGUUGAGCGCCGAGAUUCAGUACCUCGGUGAGACCUAUGGGUUCGAGCAGUGCCCUCUGGAUCCCUGCAUCUUCAUGCUGAGGCGACGUGACAACGAAAAGUUCACCGGCAAGCCGUUGGGCUAUGUGGGGAGUCAUGUUGACGACCUACUGGUUAUAGCUGGAAAAGUGGUGAACAAGCUCAUACAGGCGGCGCUGUCAAAGACCUUCCCCAUCGACAAGUGGGAGGAGGACCACCUCGACUACGUGGGCACCGAGAUCAUCUGUGGUCAAGGAGAGGUCUUGGUCACCCAGCGCAAGUACGCCGGCACACGGCUGCUCACCGUGGACAUCCCAAAGGGGCUUGAUGAAGAGGACCUUGCAGGCCCGGAGCAGAUCGCCGAUAAUCAGUCCCUCAUUGGAGCACUGUCUUGGUUGGCUUCGCAGACGAGGCCAGACCUCACCUGUUCAGUGAGUCUGGCGCAACAACUCCAACGGCGGCCGACGAUUGGCGACCUGAAGUUCACCAACCAGAUUUCCAUGAGAGCCUUGGCCUACAAGGAAGAGGGCCUUCGCUACCGUCCUCUUCCUGCUACGUUCGGCGUGGUGGUGUACCACGAUGCGGCAUGGGCAAAUGCUCUGGACGACGAGUGCGAGGAGGACUACUUCCGACUGACGGAAGAAGACAGGGAGGCCGGCCUCAUGCGAGAAGGGCCUUUCGGAUCUCGGAAGGAGUGUAAGGCCAAGCGGCAGAACUCGAAGGUCGCCUCGCAGAUCGGCGCGCUGGUGCUCUUCGCCGACCUCGAGAGCGUGAAGGGCGGGAUCGGCAACUUCUCCAUUGCCGAUUGGCGAUCGAGAGCGGGCCAAAGGGUGUGCAGAUCUACCUCUGGCGCAGAGACGCAAGCCUCUGUGGAAGGGGUGGAAGGAGCCCAGUAUAUGAGGUCCAGCAUCGAGACGUUGGUCGAAGGCGAGCUUGUGAAGGUGGAGUCGUCGAAGGCCCCGCUCCUCUGCUUGAGUGACUGCGGGUCAUUAUAUGACCAUCUCCACAAGCAAGGCAUUCCGAGAGUGCCGACAGACCGUAGGCUCGCCAUAGAUUUAGCUGCAUUGAGACAGAGUCUCAAGAGAGAGCAAUGGGGGAGCAAGCUCCCCAUCGGGUGGGUCCCGAGCGGUCUCCAAUUUGGAGACAUCUUGACAAAGCCCGGAGACCCCAAGCAGUGGUGGGAUUCCCAGAAGGGCCAGCUUUCAGUGCCGAUAGAUCUCUCAGAGAACGGCCGAGCCAGUGUUUUUCAUGAGGAGAAGAGAACCAGUGUUGAGCACAAAGUGAAUACUUGCAGUGAUCAUCGUGAUGACAGCACUUUUGGCAAUCUUCGUACUGCUGUGCUUUGCAAGAAAGACUCAACAUACGGUUCUCGACUCUGA